AUGAAAACAAUCAUCAGCUCGAUGGAUCCCGCACAUCCUUCACAUCCAAAGUUAUCACCUGCAUCCUCUUCCUCCUCCUCGCGCCCAGGUCCUGACCCAGACCCCAAAGGUGGUCCAUCACAGCAACCGCAACCUGUGGCAGACUCUGGGGACUCGCCUUUCAAGGAGACAGGUCAAGCGAGUGCCGCCGUCAAUAUCAAGCCCCCAGUCAGACCAAAACAACAGCAGCAGACGAGGAAGCGUACGCAACAAAAUACUGGCCACCAAGACCCGUCUCCCGAGCCUGUCAAGAAGCGCCAAGUCUCUCGGUCGGCAACGCACACUCCACCCGGUGAUCAACUCUCGUCCCAAGUCACGCUUGGGUUUGUGCCCUGUCCGCAAGAGGAUCCGGUGGAUGUGAGUAAUACAGACUUUUUGAUCAGUCAGGGCAUUCAUGAAUUGCCGACCCACCAUACAUCAUCCAUGAUGAUGCCUUUCUCGGGGCCUGUUGGGCGGCAAGAGCUUUACCGAAGAAGGCACAGUCUUGAUGAGCAUGACUUUGCAGGAGGAGGAGAGAGUGAACCCACGCAGCAGCGGCCUGGUCUUGAUGAUGGCACCUAUAGUCACGUGGCGACCAUAGGCGAGUCGGCUGGGUCUUCAGACACCAUGGCCCAUGCGUCGUCGUCCAGUCACACAUACCCGUCCAUGGUUCUACUGGACGAUGACGAGAACGCACCCUCGCCACAUAUCUCCAAUCAGCAGCCAUUGUUAUUUUCUCCGCCCGUCGGUCAGGUCAAGAUCGAGGAGGAUUCCGAAACCAACAUCUCUGGCCAAGCAUCGCAAGGUCUGACCCUCAUCUCCAACGAGGAUUUCAACCAGAGCAGCCAAGCUGAACGUGAAGAGCAAGCGUACGUGAACGUAUCUCCUUCGUCGACCGAAGCACAUGGUGGCGUCCUUUCAAACGAGACCUGGACCCAACCUGGACAAGCAAACACUUCCUCAGGCGGUUUGGUUCCCUACACCCCUGCCCAGUACCAGUAUCAAGCUCAACAACAACAGACAUCCUUUGGCACCUUAAUCCAGCAACACCAACAGUCACACACGACCCAAGCGCCAUUGCCAGGUGUCAAAGAGAUCGCUGGUUUCUAUCAGAGUGUUCCUUUGCCCGAGUCACCGAUGCUCGAUCGCAGCCAGUAUGCUCUCGGACCCCAAGGCGCUCACCACGCACAUGUACAGUACAUGGGACUCUACAACGCCGCCCACUACACGGCCGCUCCUGGAAUGGGACCUCUGCCCUUGCCGCAUUCUUACCCUGUCCCCAUGGGAUUCCAAGAGAUUCCCCUGACGAGACGACGACGCGAUCGGCACCACCAUCAGGCGCCAUACGGAACCUCUAGUUGCCACGAUCCUUCGCGGCAACAGCAGUCUGGAGCCAAGGCUCAAGACCCUUCUGGUGCGAAUGGGUUGCUGGAAUCACUGAGCAUGGCUGUCCGAUCAGAGUCAUUCAAACAAGAAAACGAUGCCGCCGGCUCUGAAGGUCCACAGUCGCAACGCCAUCAUGAAGUUCAAGAUCGAGAUCCCGACCCCAAGGCAUGCAAUAACUGUCAGACGACGACGACCCCCAGCUGGAGGCGAUGCCCAAAGGGGCGAAUCCUGCUCUGCAACGCCUGUGGGUUAUACCAGAAGCUACAUGGCAAGUCACGGCCACACUACCUAGCCAAGGAUGGAACUAUCAAGGUGCAGCGCAUCGUCCCUGAGCACGCACCUUGUGUUCAAUGUCACACGCGCACCAGUCCAACUUGGAAGAAAGGUCCGAAGGGCGAGGCAAUCUGCCAUACUUGCAGUACGACCAUGAAGCUUGGUCGAUCGCAGAGCAAGAGCAAGGUCCCCAGGAUGAUCGAGUACCCGAGUCCUGCUGAUAUGAUGUCUGUCGUUUCGGAGGGCAUGUACUCUGGUGACCCUUCGGGUGCAGAGUAUUCUGAGGCGAUGGUGAUGAGGGGCUUCCACCCACAUGGACUCAGCGUUGGAGCUGGCGACUUGACGCCGGGCUCGUCGUCCUAUGGUGAUGUUGAAGGUGGUCAGCGUCGGCCACACUCUUCCAUGACGCGACAUUCUACCAGGGCGGCACAACAACACGGCUACCUCGUCGACCAUCCCUCAAGAUCGGGUGUCAACCAGUACCAAGGCAACCGGCCUGUAGUCUACGGGUUUGGGCAAGUUGGACCAGCAUACGGGUUGGCACAGUACGGUAGUUACGACACGAGUGGAUACAGUCUUGCGAGCUUGCACGCUACCUACCCGACGAGCCCUAGUGUAUGGCAGCCAGAUGUUUCUUCUUACAGUUCUGGAGCCUACAGUCAUGGUGCAGGGCCAUUCACACUCGAGUCGUCGACGCCCCAGCAAGGCCAGUUCCAGCAACAGCGCGAAGCAACGAGCUUGCUGCGAAUGGACUCCUCGUCUGCUCUCCCAACAUCAACUCAGUCAUCGCCUGAGGGACAUCAGCUCCUGGUCCCUUUAAAUCGGCCAACUCAGCCCAGCUAUUUCACUUGGGGACAAACGCAACAGACACGUCUGCCACAGCCUUUGUUGCACUCUGCUGCCUGGGGCGCCGGUGGCAAUGGAGGAGGCACUGGUCAAGCUAUGAACGUGUCAUCGGAAGUCGGAUUCUCACCAGAACAGCAACAGCAGCACCGGAUAUUUUUGAUCAACCAGCGCUCAGGUUCGGCUAACUCCCGUCAAGACAUCUUGAGCCAAGGUCUCCCUCAUUUCGCUAGUUCUGCAACAUCGAACGAGUCCGCAGCUCUUCAAGACCGUCAUCAAGUUCAUCAGGCACAGCAUCAAGCGCACAACACCUUGAUGCACCACCAACUGCGUCAUCUCCAGCAACAACAUGCGCUGCAGCAUGCCUACCGCUCUGUUUACGGCCAACAGCAGCAGCAUCACCAAGCCUCGCAUUCAUACUCUUCUUAUCCGGCUUCAAUUCCAGUCCGCAGCCACAGUCCAAGUCAAGACCAGAAGAACCGAGACUACGAGGCAGCUCUUCAAUCCUAUGUCCAAGCAGGAGGUUCUGACGAUGCGGGCAUGCCAGCGCACUCUUCCACAAUGGGUGUUCCAACCGUCGAUGCCACUGUCGAACAGGCUGCAGGAGCGAAGCCAGCAGCAUCAGACUCAAGUCUGAACAAGGACCCCUCCUCCUCUUCUGACCACGAGAGUCCUAUCGGUGGCCCACACAGCAACGACAAUGGAGGCGAGAUUGCAAAGAGCGAGAGCAACCUGGAGGCCAUGGCGGCCGAGACUCUUGCCAACACAUUCUUCGACCGACAGAACCCUGCCGCCACUGCGUUUUCGCCCGUUCCAGAGUCUGGCCCGAAUUCACGAUUAGACGCAGCAUUUCCAAUUGCAGCAGCAACGACGCCGACGACGACGGCGCACACGCCGGUUGUUGUGACUGAGGUCAAGAAACAGAAGAAGAGUACUGGAUCGGGUACUAUAGACGUUGAAGGCAAGGCGUCGUCAACAUCUUUGUCGUCGUUGUUGUCGCACAAAUCGUCGCAGCAGCAGCAGCAGCAUGGAGGGUCUACUGCACCCUCCACAUCAGUGUCAGGAUCAGAAUCACGACAGAGCGCGUCAACGUCAGCGGUCUCGGCGAUCCCUGAGGAGGCUGGGGGCAGUGAAGGGGGUUCGGAUGGUCAUCGUCCUCGACGAAGCGAGCGGAAUCGUUCCGCUCCUAACAGCGCAGGCUCCGCAUCUGUUACCGAUGCUACCACUCCUGCUGUAGCUCCCAAGUCGGCCAAGAAGCAGGAGGGUCUGAUGAACCAGCACCUGAACCGACGCUAUUGA